AUCUGAUCGUCCCUCGGUUAUAGAUGUCUGUCGGGGAUUGGACGUCAUACGCAUCUGAGUGACAUACGAUAGCAAACAAGGUCAAAGGACAUUUCUAUGUCCGGGACAGUCUGGAGGAAAGAUGGAAAACACAGGCUAUUGUGGCGAGAGCUUCAACAGCCUGCAGAGUGGGACCAGCGAUGAGGAUAUGGUGGAGAUCGCAGGAGCAACUCUGGACUUCUCCAGCACAGAUGACGUGCCACCUCUGGACCGGGACUGUUCCUCGGGUGCUUCAUAUGGAGGUUUAGAUGGACCUAAUGGGGUUCCUAAACUGAUGGAUUUGCUAGAUGAGCCGGUGCCUGGGGUGGGCACAUAUGAAGACUUCAACACCAUUGAUUGGGUCCGGGAGAAAUCCAAAGACAGGGAUCGCCAUCGAGAGAUUGCCACCAAGAGUAAAGAGUCUACCUGGGCUCUGAUGAAAAGUAUCAGCGACGCUUUCUCUGGCUGGCUACUCAUGCUGCUCGUGGGACUGAUGUCAGGUGCCCUGGCUGGUGGCAUUGACAUCUCUGCCCAUUGGAUGACGGAUCUAAAGGAGGGUGUGUGUCUGAACGGCUUCUGGUUCAACCAUGAGCACUGCUGCUGGACUUCUAAUGAGACCACUUUCCAGGAGAGGGACAAGUGUCCUAAUUGGAAGAGCUGGGCUGAGCUCAUUGUGGGUACCAAUGACGGGCCUUUCGCCUACAUUAUGAAUUAUUUGAUGUACGUCUGCUGGGCUCUGCUUUUCUCUUUCCUGGCGGUGUCUUUGGUCAGGGCCUUUGCCCCCUAUGCAUGUGGCUCUGGGAUACCUGAGAUCAAGACCAUACUGAGCGGGUUUAUCAUCAGGGGUUAUCUGGGUAAAUGGACUUUAAUGAUCAAGACCAUCACCCUGGUGCUGGCUGUGUCAUCUGGUCUCAGUCUGGGAAAAGAAGGACCUCUGGUCCACGUAGCCUGUUGUUGUGGCAACAUUCUGUGUCACCUGUUCACCAAGUACCGCAAGAAUGAGGCAAAGAGACGAGAGGUUUUGUCUGCUGCUGCGGCUGUUGGUGUGUCCGUAGCUUUUGGUGCCCCUAUCGGAGGUGUUCUCUUCAGUCUGGAAGAGGUGAGUUAUUAUUUCCCUCUGAAGACGCUGUGGCGGUCUUUCUUUGCUGCGUUGGUGGCUGCCUUCACCCUUCGCUCCAUCAAUCCGUUCGGUAACAGCAGGCUGGUGCUGUUCUAUGUGGAAUUCCACUCCCCGUGGCACUUGCUGGAGCUGAUACCCUUCAUCCUCCUGGGUAUUUUUGGAGGAAUCUGGGGCGCCUUUUUCAUCCGAGCAAACAUCGCUUGGUGCCGUCGGCGUAAGACCACGCGGCUGGGUCAUUACCCUGUCCUGGAAGUGCUGGUUGUUACAGCGAUCACGGCUUUGCUGGCGUUUCCCAACAGCUACACUCGCAUGAGCACCAGCGAGCUGAUCUCGGAGUUGUUCAAUGAUUGCGGCCUGUUGGAUUCUUCGCAGCUCUGUAACUAUGCCAACAUGAGCGUUACCAAGACCAACAGCAAUGCUCUGCCCGACAGGCCGGCGGGACAUGACGUUUACACGGCCAUAUGGCAGCUGUCGCUGGCUCUGGUCUUUAAGAUGCUCAUCACUGUGGUGACCUUUGGCAUGAAGGUGCCGUCUGGUCUCUUCAUUCCUAGUAUGGCAGUAGGUGCGAUUGCGGGUAGGCUGCUUGGUGUGGGCAUGGAGCAGUUGGCAUAUUACCACCAUGACUGGAUCAUAUUUAGAGGCUGGUGCUCACCUGGAGCUGACUGCAUCACCCCAGGCCUCUACGCUAUGGUGGGCGCUGCUGCCUGCUUGGGUGGUGUGACUCGUAUGACCGUCUCUUUGGUGGUCAUCAUGUUUGAGCUCACGGGUGGUCUGGAAUACAUCGUGCCUCUAAUGGCCGCCACCAUGACUAGUAAAUGGGUGGCAGAUGCUUUGGGUAGAGAGGGUAUCUACGAGGCCCACAUCCGUCUCAACGGCUACCCCUUCCUGGAGUCUAAGGAGGAGUUCAGCCACAAGACUCUGGCCAUGGACGUGAUGCGUCCUCGACGUUGCGACCCACCGCUCUCAGUAAUAGUGCAGGACGGGAUGAGCGUGGAGGAAGUCGAGACACUCAUUGCUGAAACGUCGUACAGCGGUUUUCCAGUGGUGGUCUCGCACGAGUCACAGAGGCUUGUGGGCUUUGUGUUGCGCAGGGAUCUGAUUAUCUCUAUUGACAAUGCUCGCCAGCGUCAGGAGGGUGUGGUUAGCCCUUCCAGAAUCUUCUUCACCGAAUACACACCUCCACAGCCACCCAAUAGCCCUCCCCCACUGAAGCUUCGUGGCAUCAUGGAUCUGAGCCCUUUCACCGUUACCGAUCACACUGCCAUGGACAUCGUGGUGGACAUCUUUCGGAAAUUGGGACUGCGCCAGUGUCUGGUCACUCACAACGGACGUUUACUGGGCAUCAUCACCAAAAAGGACAUUCUGAAACAUAUGGCCCAGAUGGCCAACCGAGAUCCUGACUCUAUUCUCUUCAACUGAUGCGCCUAACUGGCCGUUAUGAAUCAGUAGCCAGUUUGAAACCACCCGUUGGGCAGAAAACACCAGUCUGGCCAAAUGAUUUGCACUACAGAACUGUCAGUACUGGAUUAGAGUCCAUACACACUGUGAAAACCAUUUUGUUGAGACUCACUGGUGCAAGCGCUACAGCUACAGAAUGGAGAACGUACAGAAGCAACACAUUUCUAUGCACUCCAGCACAUUGCUUAAGAGGUGGGACUGAGUCUGCGCAAGUAGCCAACCUAUCAUAACAUAUCAAGACUUACAAUUGUACCACACAGUCAAAGGAGAACAAAUUGCUAAAAUUAAAUCAGUCCUAACACUUGUAGCGCUGAUCACCUCUGUAGCAUAACAAGUAAGUUACUAUUCCUGCAAAAUAUGAACAUUCACCUACAUGGCCUCUGUUAGAUCAUAUAUACUGAAGCCCAAAACACAUCUACACCAAUCAUCUUUCAUGACUAUAAUUAAGGGAAGUUUAAGGUACGUCAAAAGGAAUCUCAGUGAUAUGUACAUCUUCUAAAAGUUCACUUGGCUUCCAUCAUGCCAUGGGUGUUGAAGUUUUAUUAUUUGUUGUUUACAUGUUCAUUUUUCCUUUUUUUUAUUGCACGAGCACUUGCAAGUAUUCCAGCCUCUGAAAGCUCUUAGGCAGAAUGUUAUUUCGUUUUUAUUUCUAAGGCAGGAGUGUAGGUUUUUUGAGCAUGAUGAUUUACAUUUUCCCCACAAUUUAAACUUGUUUUUUUUACAAUUAUUCCAGAGUUGGGCUGUUUUUCGGUGAGCAUGUAUUGUGUGACAGGCAACACUGUUCUGCCAACUGAUGAGUUGCAUUUAGGAUGUUUUGAUCUUCAUGUGCUUCUUUUCAAAUCUAAACUUUACGUGCUUUUAAAACGUGUUCAUGACACCACUGUUAAAACCGGGAAGUCGUAUGAGGCAUUUCCCUAUGCAAUGCUUUUGGAACAUGGGAUUACUGCGGUAUUCCAUUCCAUUCCAUUACACCUUUUUUACUCAACUGUCAAGAGCAUUGAUCGGCCAUUGUAUUAUGAAUUGCUUCUAUGAUCACAAAAGCACCCUGCAGGUGUCCAUUGCUGAAAUUACUGUAAGGCCCUCAGGUUUCAUCCAUUACCAAAUGCUACCUGCACAAAACUCAGCCUACCAUUUUAUUCCAUUGACAUGCAUGUUGAUAUUUAAUCUGAGCAUGCAAAAUGUAGUCAUCUGAAUUGUGUAAUUUCCUCAUAUUCAUAACCAACCCAGAUUGUUUAAUUGUUUACAGCCUGCAGCGUCUUUGAAUAAUUCCCCUGCGUACCACACCACUAUAUGUUUCUAAAAUCAUUCACAGCGGGACACAGAAUGAAGGCGUUAUAGAUCAUUUUAAACAGUGCUGGAACAUACACUUUUUUUUGUAGACGCUGUUCGAAAAUAACAGUGGCUAUCAUAUAUAGUUUAUAUAUUGUGAAGACUCAUUAGCUGCAUUUCACAGUAUUUUCAUUUAUUUCUGUCUAUUAUUUUUAAUUAAAGGCCACUUCGUGACAAAAGAGCAUUGUGGACUGAUCAUUGUUUGAAAUUUGUAAUGAUUCUCUGCAUUCAUUUGUUGGGUUAUUUGUACUCAUUGUUUAAAUUGUGUAUACUGCUUGUUUUUUAACAUUGUCGUUUAUGCAUUAGUGUUAAAUAUGAAUGUCACAUUAUCCAUGUAAUUUAUUCAUAAGCACAACAUGAAAUACAGUAACAUGUAACUUG